GUCACAAGGUAUCACAAAGUAUCACAAAGUAUCACAAGGUAUCACAAGGUAUCACAAAGUAUCACAAGGUAUCACAAGGUAUCACAAAGAAUCACAGAGUAUCACAAAGCAUCACAGAGUAUCACAAAGCAUCACAAGGUAUCACGAAGUAUCACAAGGUAUCACAAAGUAUUACAAAGCAUCACAAGGUAUCACAAAGAAUCACAGAGUAUCACAAAGCAUCACAGAGUAUCACAAAGCAUCACAAGGUAUCACGAAGUAUCACAAGGUAUCACAAAGUAUCACAAAGCAUCACAGAGUAUCACAAAGUAUCACAAGGUAUCACAUGGUAUCACAAAGUAUCACAAAGUAUCACAAGCCAUCACAAAGUAUCACAAAUUAUCACAAGGCAUCACAAAGUAUCACAAAGUAUCACAAGGCAUCACAAAGUAUCACAACGUAUCACAAAGUAUCACAAGGUAUCACAAAGUAUCACAAGGUAUCACAAAUCACAGCCAUCACAACAAGUAUCACAAAGUAUUACAAGGUAUCACAAAGGUCACAAAGUAUCACAAAUCACAAAGUAUCACAAGGCAUCACAAAGUAUCACAUCACAAAGUAUCACAAAAGUAAAGUAUUUUAUCUUACAACAUUCAUCACAAGCCAUCACAAAGCAUCACAAAGUAUCACAAAGUAUCACAAGGCAUCACAAAGUAUCACAAGGUAUCACAAAGUAUCACAAGGUAUCACAGGGUAUCAAAAAGUAUCACAAAGUAUCACAAGGCAUCACAAAGUAUCACAAGGCAUCACAGAGUAUCACAAGGAAUAACCAAGUAUCACAAAGGGAACUCACCUUUACCGUAGCGCUUUUAUCUUACAUUACAUUCACUAACAUUGCACUCUUUUGA